AUCCGGCGAGUGCAGGGCUUCGCGGCUCCGGGGGCAGGAGCUGCGGUGGGUCGGAGGAGGUGGCAGCUUCCAAAGCCCAACAUAUAAAGCUGGGAAAAGCGGAUCUGGCCCGCUCCUGGGACGCUGGUGCAGAGCAAUGCUGUGGAAGACAGCGCCGCUGCUAGCCCUGGUGGGCCAGGUGCUGGUGCUGGAGAACGGGCUCCUGCGGAGGCCGCCCAUGGGCUGGCUGGCCUGGGAACGCUUUCGCUGCAACAUUGACUGUGAAGAGGACCCAGAGAACUGCAUCAGUGAGCGGCUCUUCAUGGAGAUGGCUGACCGGCUGGCACAGGACGGAUGGCGGGACCUGGGCUACACAUACCUUAACAUCGAUGACUGCUGGAUUGGCGGGCGCGAUGCCAAAGGCCGCCUGAUGCCUAGUCCCAAGCGCUUCCCCAACGGCAUUGCCUUCCUGGCUGACUAUGCUCACUCCCUGGGCCUACAGCUGGGCAUCUAUGAGGACUUGGGCAAUUUCACCUGCAUGGGUUUCCCCGGCACCACGCUAGACAAGGUGGUCCAGGAUGCUCAAACCUUCGCCGAGUGGAAGGUGGACAUGCUGAAGCUGGAUGGCUGCUACUCGACCCCAGAGGAACGGGCCAAGGGGUACCCCAUGAUGGCUGCUGCCCUGAAUGCCACGGGCCGGCCCAUCGCCUUCUCCUGCAGCUGGCCAGCCUACGAAGGGGGCCUCCCCCCCAAGGUGAACUACAGUCAGCUGGCAGAGAUCUGUAACCUCUGGCGCAACUAUGACGACAUCCAGGACUCCUGGAGCAGCGUGCUCUCCAUCCUGGACUGGUUUGUGGACCAUCAGGACAUUCUGCAACCAGUGGCCGGCCCUGGACACUGGAACGACCCAGACAUGCUGCUCAUUGGGAACUUUGGCCUCAGUUUUGAGCAAGCUCGGGCCCAGAUGGCCCUGUGGACAGUGCUGGCGGCCCCCCUCUUCAUAUCCACGGACCUGCGUACCAUCUCCGCCCAGAACAUGGACAUUCUGCAGAAUCCACUCAUGAUCAAAAUCAACCAGGAUCCCUUAGGUAUCCAGGGACGCAGGAUUCUCAAGGAGAAGUCCCUCAUCGAAGUGUUCCUGCGGCCCCUGGACAAUAAUGCCUACGCCUUGGUCUUCUUCAGCCGCAGGACAGACAUGCCGUAUCGCUUCCACUGCUCCCUCUCCCAGCUCAACUUCACCAGCUCCAUCUUGUAUGAGGCCCAGGAUGUCUACACGGGUGGCGUCAUCAGUGGCCUCCGGACUGAAACCACCUUCACAGUGAUCAUCAACCCGACAGGGGUGGUGAUGUGGUACCUGUACCCUGUCAGGCAGCUGGGAACACCUCAGCAGUGAGGAGCUAAGACAUGUGACAGGUUGUAGCAGCACUGAUGAACCCAGACCAUGGAGCCUCGACAUGCCAAGGGCCAGGAGGCGAGGUUCUCUGCUACCCAGGCCCGCUUGGCGACUGAUCCCAUCGGACCC